AUGAGUGCUGAUUCGAGGCUAGUUGCCGCCGGCCCUCCUGCACUACCAGCGCCGCCAUCCUCAGCUCGCCCUUCGACGAUGCGGCCUACCAUCAGUGACUUGGCUCAGAAAGGUCAUGAAGUGUGUACCUGUGGAGCAAGUAAGAUAUGGGAGAGGAUUAGAGCACGACAUAUAGCAGAGCUACAGGAGGCAAAGAAAGUGAAGCAAUCUGCAGCGAAGAUUCGUGAGGGCGCGCGCGCUCUCGAGAGAGAUAGGGCCCUUUAUGAGGAGCAAAUGCAGCGUUUGGAGUGCAGUAGAGAAGACCUGCUGAAACAGAAACAAAGAGUGCAAGAGAUGUGGGAGGAAACGAAACGGAUGCAGGAGAGGGAUGAGUCCUUCGAGAGCCAAGUGGCAGAGUUAGAAGCGGAGCGAGCUCGGCUGCUCGAGGAGAAGGAGGGGUUGCAGGUGGAAGUGGAAGAGUUGCGGUUGAGUAAAGAACUGCUGCGGGCUGAUGUCGAACGUAGCAAUGGGGAGGCUGAGGAGUGGAAGAGGCGAGUUGAUAUGCUGGCUGAUCAAGCUUGUGACUGUGCAGCUAAGCUCUCGGCGGUUGAGGUACAGAGGAAAGCGUUGAAAGCUCAAGAGGCGAAGUGGAUCGCUGAUCUCAAAGCCAACAAGGAAGAAGUGAAGAAAGCGGAGGCGGCUGUUGAGGACGCUACUAGACGGCUAAAUGAGCAGGUCGUGGAGUUGAAGAGGAAAGAGGAUAUGCUAGCGCUCGCGAAGGAGGAGUUGGCUUUGGAGAGGAAGGUGCUUGUGGAGGAGGAGAGGGAGGCGUGCAAGCGGGAACAUGAUAAGACGAGGGCUGAGCUAGCGUGUACGAAAUUGGCACUUGAGGAGGAAAGGGAGGUGCUUGCAGUAGAGAGGAAGGAGAAUGAGCGACAGAAUGCAGAGAUACGGGCUAGGGUUGCGGCGAUUGAAACUAUGAAAGAGAAAAUCGGAAUCGCAGAAAUGGCUUUGCAGGAAGAAAGUAAACGCAUCGAAGAAAGAAUGGCAGAGCUGGGAAGCAGAGAGGAGGCGGUUGCAGUUUCCGAAGGGUCUCUAGUAGCAGAGAGAGAGGCUCUGGAGAGGGAGAGGGAGGCGGUGGAACGUGAACAUGCGGAAGCUCGAACCCUCUCGCGAGAAGUGGAAGCAAGGAGGGAAGAAGUGAUAGCCGCGGAAGCGAAUGUUGAGGCAGCUUCUGAGCGGCUCGAGGGACGGGUUGCUGAAAUGGAAUGUCGGGAGGCAGCGCUAGUGGCGGCGAGGGAGGAGUUUUCAGCAGAGGAGGAGAAACUCCGUGUGGAGCGUGAAGUCAACCAGCGUGAAUACUCGCGAGUUGAAGCACUUUUGGAGGAGAUGGAGGAGAGGGAGGAAAGAGUGAAGGAAUCGGAGGCAGCUGUUGAGGAAGUUACUGAGAGGGUCAAUGUGCGAUCGGAGGAGUUGGAGCAUAGAGAGGCAAUGCUUGUUGAGGCUAAGGAGGAACUUGAAUCGGAGAGAGAGGCGUUCGGUGAGGAGAAGGACAUUGCUGAGCAGCAGCGCUUGACGAACGAGUCUAUUCUGGUUGAUAUCGAGUUUAGGAGGAAGGAGCUGGAGGAAUCAGAGGCGGAUCUCGGGGAACUCCGAGCUCAAGUCAAGGAACAGGCCAUUGAACUUGAACGUAGAGAGGCUGCGUUGGCGGAUGCAAGAGGGGAACUGAAGUCAGAGAGGGAAAAGCUGGCUCUAGAGAAGGAGGCGGAGAGGCGGGAGCAUUCUAUUAAAUCAUCUAUAUUGGAUAACAUCAAAGCUAGGAAGGAGGAACUUGAUAGAGUUGAAGUUACUAUUGAGGAAGCUCGACGCGAAAUCGAAGAGGAGAAGGCGGCACUUGAGAAGAAAGCGAUCGCACUAGAACGAUCCCUGCAAGCAGUCGAGGAGGAAAGGCAAGCUGAUGAGCGCGAGAAGGCGGCGAUUAGCUCACUUAUGGAGAGUGCGAGGUCGGAGAGGGAGGAAAUAGAGAACAUGCGAUUGGCUAUUGAGGAAGCUCAGAAACGAAUUAACGAGCGGGCCGUUGAAGUGGAGCAGAAGGAAAUCUCAUUGAGGGAAGCGAAUGACGCAUUGUCGCAAGAGCAGCAGAAAAUUUCCGAUGAGAAUCAAUACGAAUAUAUGAGAUUGCAGAUGAUGCUAGGGACCAUUGAAACGGAGAAGAGGGAAGUCGAAGAAUCGAGGGCUAAGGUUGACAAGGCUAGUCGGCAGUUGAACGAACAGUUCGGCGAGCUUGAACGCAAAGAGGCUGCCCUGGGUGUUGAGAUGGAGAGGCUUGAGGCGGAGAGGAAGGCCAUCAGAGGGCAGCGGGAGGCUAAUGAAGGAGAGCAUGCGAGGAUGCAGGCGAUGUUGGAGGAAAUAGAAGCGAGAAAAGAGGACGCGACUCGGGUAGAGGCAGAAAUUGAGGAAGAGAGAGUUCGGUUGAGUAAACAGGUUGCUGAGUUGGAGGAGAGGGAGGCUGAACUUGCGAAAGCGAAGGAAGAGUUGUCAUUGGCUUGGCAGGAGGUGGAGGAGGAGGGCGAGGCUGUGAAACGGGAGUAUUCGGUGAAUCAGUCGAUGCUCGAGAAUGUCAAUGCCAGAGAGGAGGAGAUCGAGAGAGCUGAGAUGGCAGUCAAGGAGAAGCAAGAACGGCUGGACGAACAUGCAGCCGAACUGGACAGGAGGGAGGCGAAACUUGCGGAGGUGGAGGAGAGUCUCAAUUUGGAAAGGGGAAAAUUCGAGAAAGAGAAAAAUGAUAAGGAGUUGGAGUUCACAGAGAGAGAGUCACUCCUGGAGGGCAUCGACGCUCGUACAGUGGCUGUUGAGGAGGAGGAAAAACGGCUAAGUGAAGAAGCGACUGAGUUAACACGCAGGGAGGAAGCUUUAGUGGAAGCGGAGGAGCAACUGGCUUCACAGAGGAAAGCGUUCAACGAGAUGAAGGAGGCGUAUGAACGGGAGUCUGCGGAGAUUGAGACCAUACUCGAGGAAAUAGAAGCAAAGAAAGAGGAGAUUGGAAAUGCUGAAGCGGCGGCUGAGGAGGCAUCCAAACGUUUGACAGAGCGAGCGGCCGAGCUGGAGCAGAGAGAGGCGACUUUAGGGUUGCACGAAGCAAGCAUAUCGUCGAUAAAUGGGGAUUGUGAUGGAGACGAUUCACCCGAAUCCUGGGAUGACGCGAGGAGCGCGGACGAGGAUCUCGAUCUCCGCGAGGCAAUAUGGGCGCAUAAGGUGGAGGUGUUCGAGAAAGAGCGUGCCAAGUUGGAGGAGGAGAAGGAGAGAUUUGCAAGACGAAUGGAAUUGGAGAAUGAAGAUCUGAAAACGCGGCGAGCGAGGCUGAUCCAAAGGGAAAACAAAUUGGAAGCUCAGAAGAAAGCGAUCGAACCGGAACUCCGCAAGCACCUGACUCACAGCAAGCAUCCUAGUCUGGCCCCGACACCUUGAAUUGAUCUCAAUAAGAUCUAGUCAUGAAUACAACUAAUGCAGCUAAUGCACGGUAC